CGAACACUGAGUACUGAACAUCAGUGGAUCUGUUUCCCACAGUCUCUGGCUACUCUGCCUUUGGGAGACUAGGUAAGUGCGACCAUCAUCGAUUGAUGUCGACCUGACCCAAACAUGUAUCAAUCCUUCUUGACUUGACGCAAACGUCCAUCAAUCCUUUUUGUGUUGGAACCGCCACCUCGAGAUAUUUAAACUUGGUCGGUAAUUGUUGCCUGGUGAGGUCUCAACUUCGUCGGGAUUGUUUUCAGACACCAUCUUUCGGGCACAAUUUUUAGAGCCUAUCAUCUUUCUGAGCGAGCCUAUGUACUGUUUUCGUAAGGUCGCAAGCCAUUACAGGAAAUAUAAGUUGGGCAGAACCUCAGGGCUGUCUAACCCUGGAGACGGGUCGAUGACUCGGAGUGAUAUGUUAGAUCCCCAAGAUGAUUGCCAGCAUCUUCGUGACCCAGAGGUCUCAAUGACACCUAGGACUCUAACAUUACCUGUCGAGAUUUGGGAGGCGAUCAUUGACGAAGUUAGUGGUCCCGUCUUGUGGGAUUAUCGGUUUCGACGUCCUAGCACCGAGACAUUGCGUGCUUGUUCCCUUACCUGUCGUUCAUGGCAGACGAGGAGCCAAUGGAACUUAUUUCGCUUUCUCCGCGUCAACCGUCGACGAGACGUGAUGACAACCCAGGACGUAUCGCGCGUGCGACCCAAUCAUACCGGAGCUGUUCGCCAUCUGGAUAUAAUCGAUACAAAUCCUUUCGCAGACGACUCCCUGAAGGCUUACGGUGUCAGUCAACUUGUAACUGACUUGUUACCUUUGCUGGCUGCACUGGAGGGCAUUCGCUUUUGUAACAUAAACCUCUCUCCGCUGGAUCACGGAGCCAUGCAUACGUUCACCCUUCUGACUUCUCUCCGGCGUCUGUAUCUGGAUGAGGCAUCUUUAGCAUCACUGACUCAGUUGGAGGCAUUAGUUUUAUCGCUUCCAUCGUUGACUCAGCUUUCUUUGGAGAGUCUCGACUUCUCGGAAAGUGCACCCGAAACAUCCUCAUACCCUAAUCUUGCAGAGCAUUCGCGCCUUCCUAGACUUCAGACGGUCAAAAUUACUUAUGACCAUAUCCAUCCGCCACCGAUUGUUCUCUAUGAUUGGCUUUCGCGGACACCUGUCACUGUAUCCUUGACCAGUUUCACGUACGUUGGCAUGCAAUCGAUAUAUUCUAGAGUGGAUGAAAAGGCACCAGCAGUCGCACGGUUACUCCGUGCGAGGGGCACUCUCCUGCGAGAGCUGACCUUGUCCGCAUGUUUAUUCAAUUCGCCUGAGCUAUAUACAGGUUUGCAAGCUUGUCCUGCUCUGCGCAGGCUCUGUAUCCGUGAUGCCACGAAAUACCUGUUGGGCUGCGUGAAUCUCGCAUUACCCUACAUUCGGUCUAGUCUUUCCCAAAUGUGUUUUGAAUUCACCAAUGUUAUGGCGAGAAGGGAGCCUGAUGAUGAUAGAGUGUGGCAAGCCCUCGACAAUAUCCUCCAAAACACCCCAUUCCAGAACUUGAAUGAAGUGUCACUCCGGCGCAGCCCAUGUGAUCCCUCUACUCGCCUACCACGUACAUCGGACAGAGGCAUACUCACAUUCACUGUCGAUAAUGGUUGGCCGUAUGACUCGGACUAGAUUCAACGAAGAGGGUUGAGAGACUCCGGCGUCUGCUUCUCUCUUUCUACUAUGCAUCCCUUCUGGAGUUGUGUUUCACGGCAGCCGAAUGUACUUUUUCUCUUGUCCAUUGUUUUCAUUCUGUUCUCAAUUUAGGUUGUGUCGCUAGUGGCACCACAUGAUUAUCAAUAUGCUUACCUGUCUCUUGAUGUUCAUUUCUUUUUACUUCGCCUAUCCUGCGUGCUGGUUUGAGGGACUGGUAUCUGUUCUUGUCUCACAUGUCGAGCUAGGCAUGGCCUGGUCCGUCUUUGUUAAUAAGGAUCGUCACCACAGGGAAACUCGCUGCCGCGCGCACUGUAUGCUGGCUGAUAUAUAUCUGAAUCUUCCGAGGCCGGGAAUUGGCCACCUA